CCUCCACCCCCACCACCCAUGAUCCGAAAUGGUGCCAGGGAUGCUCCCCCUCCCCCACCACCAUACCGAAUGCAUGGGUCAGAACCCCUGAGCCGAGGAAAGCCCCCACCUCCACCCUCAAGGACGCCAGCUGGGCCACCCCCUCCUCCUCCACCACCCCUGAGGAAUGGCCACAGAGAUUCUAUCACCACUGUCCGAUCUUUCUUGGAUGACUUUGAGUCAAAGUAUUCCUUCCAUCCAGUAGAAGACUUUCCUGCUCCAGAAGAAUAUAAACACUUUCAAAGAAUAUAUCCCAGCAAAACAAACCGAGCUGCCCGUGGAGCCCCACCUCUCCCACCCAUUCUCAGGUGAAGACUGGCUUGGUCCUCUUCCUCAGGCAAAGGAUGGACCUUCUCUUCUUCUCAGAUGGUCCCUUCCAUUCCCCUGAAACCUGCAUGAGAGCUCCUAACGUGUUUCUCCAGUGCAACCAACCCCUAGACUCCAAGUGUCCUCCCAGCUCACCUCCAUCUAUGCAUCUCGUCUCUGGACUUGGUGGUCGGACUCUUACUAUAUUGACAGUAGGGUCUCAGACCCUGCGUCCAUCACUCCUCUAGCAAGCCCUCCUAGCCAGUGAGGAAAAAGCUUUCAUGUUUUCUGCUUUCCUCUUGGGGAAAGGUGCCUUGUGAUGAAUUAACUCAUUGUUGAGGCAGGACGGAGAAGGGUACUCCUCCGUCCUCCUACUCACUGUGGGGGAGCUUGGCAGGUAUAUUAUAUGUCAUUAUUUAGUAGGCUGGCAUGGCCAGGACUUCCGGGGGGAAUGGGAACAUUUUUAGUGAAAUGGAAAAGGAGUUUGCAGAGAAAUGAUCUGUUUUAAAGGUCAGAUU